GCCUUAAUUGCCCACAACUGUGUUAACCUCCUCCCCUUCUUCCUCUGUUCUUAUAAAAGGAAACCGUCAACAAUUGCAGAGUAUGAUUUUUUUUCUCAAAAGGAAACACCAUCAUUUCAAGAAAAAGCUUCAUCUCUCUUUCUCUGCAACAUAAUUAAAGCUCUUCUCCAAUGGACUCUAUUCAAUAUAUUGAGGGUGAAGUUGCAACUUACGAAUUAAGCUCCUUAAUUUUCAGCAGCUGGGCCAUCGAUGAGAUUUCCGGUUACGAAUCCAGUUCACUGGAUGGUGCUGCUUCGUCGGUGACUUAUAAGAAUGUUGUUUCUGAGAGGAAUAGGAGAAAGAAACUUAAUGACAGGCUGUUUGCUCUAAGAGCUGUUGUCCCCAACAUUAGCAGGAUGGAUAAAGCUUCAAUCAUCAAGGAUGCUAUUGAUUACAUCCAAGAACUUCAUGAACAAGAGAAAAUAAUUCAAGCAGAGAUAAGAGAACUAGAAUCUGGGAAUUUGAAGAAGGGCCCUGGUUAUGAGUUUGAGGAAGAUCUGCCUGUUUUUUUGGGAUCAAAGAAGAAGAAAAUUGAUCAAUUCUAUUAUUCUUGUGGCUCUAGAGCUUACCCAAUUGAAGACCUUGAGCUUAGUGUUGCAUACAUGGGAGACAAGAUUCUGCGAGUGAGCUUGACGUGUAGUAAAAGAACAGAUACAAUGGUAAAACUGUGUGAGGCAUUUGAAUCUUUGCAGCUCAACAUCAUUUCAGCCGAUAUCACAACUGUCUCAGGGAGGCUUCUCAUGACGGUCUUCAUUAAGGCAAAUGAAGAAGAGAGUGAUUAUUUGAAGAAAAAAAUUGAAACAGCUAUUGGAGCGCUUCAUGAUCCACAAAGUCUUAUGAUCAUGUAAUUAAUAUUUAAUCUCUUUGUUUUGAAUAUGGGGGACUUUUUACCGUUGGAUUUUCUUCCUUGAUGUCGUCAAUAAGUAUAUCUGGGUUAAUAAUGACAAUCUAGCCAUCGUUGAAGAAAGAGUGACGUAGAUAGCUAUUACGAGGUUCAAAUUAAUAAAAAAUCAAAUAUUAAAGUA